AUGAGUCGCAGCCCGGAUAGGAUCUCAUCCUACCGCCGUCACUUUGAGGACAGCAGCAGCAGCUCCUACCAGGUCAGGGUGUCAAGCCCAUCCCCCACCAGGAGAGACGCCCGUCAUGCCUCCGCCGGCUACUCCUGCAGAGCCGGGGCCGGCAGCAUGCGCAUGGAGUCGGUGGGACGGAGGACCGCCUCGGCUGCACGCAGGACUCGAAUGGCAGGAGCAGGGGUGAGUGCAGGAGCCAUGGUCUGUGUUGGGCCAAGUGGAGAACAGCCUAUGGAUCUGGAUGUGGCUUCAGCCGAAAACCAAGUGUUCCUCAACACCCGCACAACUGAAAGACAGGAGAUGGUCGUCCUCAAUGACAGACUGGCUGUAUACAUUGACAAGGUUCGCUCACUUGAGCAGCAGAACAAGCUUCUGGAAGCGGAGAUUGAGGCCUACCAGAACCGCUUUGAGAGUCCAUCUGGUCUGCGCCUUUUAUAUGAGGAGCAACUGAGGGAGCUGAAAAAGAUCGCCGACCAGAUGAGAGUUCAGCGGGACAUUUCCUUGGCGGCUAAGGAGUCCACAGCUGCUCAACUGGAGGCAAUCAAAAUCAAAUACGAGGAGGCAGUGGAGCUGAGGAGGAAAGCUGAGUUGGACAUUGAAACCUUCCGUCCAGAUGUUGACAAAGCCACCUCCUCACGCAUUGCCUUGGAGAAGAAGCUGGAGCAGAUGGAAGUUGAAAUUGAAUUCCUAAAACGGGUCCAUCAACAGGAAAUUGAGGAGCUCAUGAAACAGAUCUACUCAGCUCACGCGUCAGCUCAGAGUGCAUUUGCCCUACCUGACCUGGCAGCUGCUUUGAAACAAAUCCAAACGCAGUAUGACGACAUCGCAGCCAAAAAUCUCCAGGAGAUGGAUUCAUGGUAUAAAAACAAGUUUGAAGAUCUGACCAGUAAGACUUCGAGGCACGUGGAUAAGGUUCGAAGCAUUAGAGAUGAAAUAGCAGGUGCCAAAAAGGACAUCCAAAGCAAAGACCGUGACUUGGAUGCCAUGCGGAGCAGGAAUGAAGCUCUUGAGGCCCAGAUCCGAGAGGCACAAGAAAAGUACAAGAAGGAACUGGAAGACCUGCAGGCUCGGAUUGAGGCCCUGCACCUUGAGCUAAAAUCCACAAAGGGGAAAAUUGCACUGCACUUGCGCGAGUACCAGGAUCUCCUGAAUAUGAAGAUGGCUCUGGAGAUUGAGAUUACAACAUACAGAAAACUUAUUGAAGGGGAGGAUCUGCGGCUCUCUGGCAUGAUGCAAACCUUGUCCCUUACCAGCUGUAGCAUGAGCGCCAUUGGUGGUGGGAUGAGCUUCAGUGGAGGUGGAGGGGGCAUGGGUGGUGUUGGUGGAAUGGGUGGUGGGAUGAUGGGAGGUAGUGGUGGAGGUGUUGGAGGCAUGGGGAGUGGAGGAGGAAUGGGUGGGGGCAUAGGUGCAGGAGGUAUGGGCAUGGCUCCGGGCAGUGGGGCUGGAGGAAUGGGUGGAAGAACUGGUGCUGGAGGUCCGGAUGACAAGAAUGGUCCUGCUGGUAGGGCAGGAGGGGUAGACAUGGGUGGCGCUCAUGGAUUGGGAGCUGGGGUAGUAGGUGUAGGAGCUAGUGCUGGGGGUGUCGGUACUGGUGGAGGCAGGGGAGGAGUGGGUGCUGGAGGAAUGAGUGGUGUUGGAACUGGUGCUAACGGGCUUGGUGCUGGAAGCGUUGGUGCUGGUACUGGUGUUGGGGGAUUGGGUACUGGGGCUGGAGGUUCGGGCCCUGGUGCUGGAGGUGUGGGCAGUGGUGCUGGAGGUUUGGGCACUGGUGCUGGAGGUGUGGGUACUGGGGGUGGAGGUUUGGGCACUAGGGCUGGAGGUGUUGGCACUGGUGUUGGAGGUAUGGGUGGUAGUGGAAAUAUGGGAUUCGGCACCGGAGGCAAAGGUGAAGGUGGUGUUGGAAUGGGUGCAGGGGUUGGCACUACAGGUUCCGGUGGCAUGAGUGGCACUGGCAUUGGAAAUGGAGGUGUUGCACUGUCAGGCAUCGGCGGAAUGGGGAAGAUUGGUGGAGGAAUGGGUGAUGCAGGGAUGGGAUAUGGAUCCGAUGGAUAUGAAGGCAACAAUGAGCCCUAUGCAGAGCAGGCUGUGGAGCUGACGGAGAGGAGGACGGUACUCAUUAGAACGGUUAAAAAUGAGGAUCAGGUGCUGGAGAUGGACCACCAGGAACAAACCUACACCAUCACCGGUGCAGCCGACGACUCCGACGAAGAAUGA